UUCUCGAGUCGUCCAGAUUGUGUGGUUGUUUCACCUAGCGUUGGAUUCAAUACCCCUCGGUCACUGGCGGGAUUCGAGUCUCAUCCUAUGGUGGGAGAGGCCUGGGACGCUUUGAGAAGGUCUAUGGUGUACUUCCGUGGACAGCCUGUUGGGACAAUCGCUGCGGUGGAUAACUCUGAGGAAAAGCUCAACUAUGAUCAGGUGUUUGUGAGAGACUUUGUACCAAGUGCUUUAGCGUUCUUGAUGAACGGAGAGCCGGAUAUAGUGAAGAACUUCCUUUUGAAGACUCUUCGUCUACAGUCAUGGGAGAAAAAGAUUGAUAGGUUCCAGCUUGGCGAAGGAGUUAUGCCUGCUAGCUUCAAAGUCUUUCAUGAUCCUGUUAGAAACCAUGAGACGUUGAUAGCUGAUUUUGGCGAGAGCGCGAUUGGGAGAGUGGCGCCGGUUGAUUCUGGAUUCUGGUGGAUUAUUCUGCUCAGAGCAUACACCAAAUCUACUGGAGACUCUUCUCUUGCUGACAUGCCUGAAUGCCAGAAGGGUAUACGGUUGAUAUUAAGCCUGUGUCUCUCUGAGGGGUUUGAUACCUUUCCCACUCUCUUGUGCGCUGAUGGUUGCUGUAUGAUUGAUCGUAGGAUGGGAGUUUAUGGUUACCCGAUAGAGAUUCAAGCCCUUUUCUUCAUGGCCUUAAGGUGUGCUCUCCUCCUACUCAAACAUGAAGGAGAAGGUAAAGAGAUGGUGGAACAGAUAGUGAAGCGACUUCAUGCAUUGAGCUACCACAUGAGGAGCUACUUUUGGCUUGACUUGAAGCAGCUUAAUGACAUUUACCGAUACAAGACAGAGGAGUACUCUCACACUGCUGUCAACAAGUUCAACGUGAUCCCGGACUCUCUUCCAGAAUGGGUUUUCGACUUCAUGCCGCCUCAGGGAGGGUUCUUCAUCGGCAAUGUUAGCCCAGCAAGAAUGGAUUUCCGUUGGUUUGCUCUUGGCAAUUGUAUAGCGAUACUGUCUUCCUUGGCUACUCCUGAGCAGUCGACCGCAAUUAUGGAUCUCAUUGAAGCUCGCUGGGAAGAACUGGUCGGAGAAAUGCCGCUCAAAGUUUGCUACCCUGCAAUAGAAAGCCAUGAAUGGAAGAUAGUGACUGGCUGUGACCCCAAAAACACUCGAUGGAGCUACCACAAUGGAGGGUCCUGGCCAGUGUUGCUUUGGCUACUGACGGCUGCUGUGUAUCAAACGGGUCGACCUCAAAUAGCAAGACGAGCGAUUGAAGUGGCGGAAGCUAGGCUUCAUAAAGACAACUGGCCUGAAUACUAUGAUGGAACGGUAGGGAGAUACGUGGGGAAACAAGCGCGUAAAUGCCAGACUUGGUCAAUCGCUGGAUACUUAGUGGCCAAGAUGAUGCUUGAAGAUCCGUCACAUGUCGGUAUGGUUGCUCUCGAGGAAGAUAAACAAAUGAAACCUGUUAUGAGAAGAUCCAACUCCUGGACUUGUUGAAAAGUUUGAUCAUCUUUGGUCAAAGGUAACGUAGGGAAAAGAUGAGCUAAUUCUGAUAAUCGAAUCUUUCUUUGUUUUUCAAAUUCCACAUUUUACGUUGUUUUGCUUUGUGAAAUAUUUUUAGACUAUGAGA